AUGACUCUUGGCAAGCGUCUGGGAUACAUCACCAUUGUUAUGAGGAAAUGGGAAGAUUUCAUUCUUGCAGCGGCCGGUAUGAGUGCUGCUCGGAGGGCUCGUAGAAAAAUGGCGCAGAUGUUCGUUGUGAGAUGCAAUAUUAACCCUUCUCCUUCUCCCCUACCUUUUUUUUUUGAAAACAGACUGAGGAUAGGCAAGCUUUGCCAUCAGGAUAUCGAUAUUGUAGAGGCUCUUCCUCCUCCUGUGUCUGAAAGGCAUAAGGAGACAGAAUCCAACGAUGUGGGUCUUCAUCCUCGUAAGGCUCGUAGAACUGUAUUUGUGGCCCGGAUUCUUGGUGGUAUUGGGGUUAUUCUUGGCAACCAAUUUUCUGGGCAAAAAGAGGUAGUGGUAGUGCCCAACUCUCUAAAUGAAUCACCCUCACCCUUCUUUGGUUCGUCCUUGGUUAACCCUAGUUCCGGCUCUAUAAUUGGGGGUGCGCUGUGUUCACCUGGAGGUUCUUUCUGGCGCGAGAAGCCUUCCCUGGUUAAUGAAACAAGAACUUCAUCCCAUACCCUGUCUUUCAUGACCUACACUCUGGGAUGGGCAAUUACUAGAGACUCCUUACUGUUGGAAGAUGCUACCGCCGAGGAAUAG